AUGGAGGUUCAAGUCUUGGCAAGUCGCAGUCCCGACCACAAUCCUAUUCUUGUUGUGCUCAACAAAAAGAAGGUUGGAGGAAGGAGGGACGCAGGGCUGUUUCGCAUAGAAGAUAGUUGGUCGGCGAGGGAAGAUUUCAAAGAGGUGGUGCAUAAGGCAUGGAAAGCAAAGCCAAGACGAGAUAAUCAAUGGGAAACAAUUAAAGGAAAGUUGACGUCAUGUAAAAGAGUGAUUCAAAUAUGGGUGAAAAAGAAUGCAAAAGCUAAUAAUAGGCUCAUCAAUGCAAAGACUAAGGAGCUGGAGGCCAUUCAAAGGGGACAAGGAGGCGAUGGGGAGGAGAAAGUCAUUAAAGAUGCUAUUAAUGAAUUACUGGAACAAGAAGAAUUAUCAUGGAAACAAAGGGCGAAAGAGGAGUGGUUAAGGCAUGGAGACAGGAAUACUAAGUAUUUUCUCGCAUGUGCCACGCAAAAGAGGAGACAAAACACCAUUGAUCAAAUCCGGGAUGCAGAGGGGAAGCUGUGCACCAUGGUUACUGCCAUAGAAGAAGCAUUUGUGCGGUUCUAUAAGGAGUUGUUCACCACAGCUGGUCCACGUAACAUUUAA